AUGAAUGAAACUCUUGAGUUUGCUGAUAGAUUGGCACGAGCUGUACAACAAGAUAAUAUCGAUGUAUUUGUCAUGGUGGAUGAUAAUUCGUUCAAAAUUCCCUUGUCGGAAACAUCCAUUGUGAAACUUCUUCAGAUUCCUAACAAACAAUGUGUCAUCCAUGGAUAUCAACAUAUAAUGUACGUGUAUUCGAAACCGAUUCAGAUAUCAUCGUGGGAUAAAUCACUGCUGUACUUUUCCAAGUUGAAUAUAAACUAUUCAUUCGUGUGGCUUCUUGAAAAUGAUCUCUUCAUUCCGAGCGUAGGUGCAUUUCGUGCUAUUCAUGAACUUUAUUCAAACACAAGUGAUCUGAUAGUCAAACGUGUCGAUCCGAAUUUUGACGGCAAUCAAGAAGUUUCUUGGCCUCAUUGGAAGCUAGCAUAUGGAAAACUUCCUCCACCAUGGUUUAAAUCAAUGACGAAUGCAGUUGGUUUUAGUCGACGUUUUCUGAAGACAGUCGAUAAUUACAUUCGUUGGCGAGGUAUUGCUACCUUUCAUGAAUAUUUCUUUCAAACACUAGCUUUCAAUGAAAACAUGACCGUUGUCUCACCGACAGAGUUCGACACAUUAGUAUGGCGUCGAUCUUAUUCGUGGCAAGACAUAGAAAGAAAUCCAAGCAAUUGGUGGCAUCCAGUGAAAAACUUAUCUCUACAUGACAUUUGGCGCAAUAGAUUAUUGAAAGAAGCUCACGGCAUUAAUAAUACCAUUCAUUGGCCUCAAUUGAAGUCUUUGUGUAGUAAACAGGAUAAUACAACAAGCGUACAAACACGUUUACAAAAACUAAUUGUCGACUUCAAUCAACACAAAAUCCAUCUCACAUCCCAACAACGUCGAUCUUUACGACAACAUUUUCUCUGCCUUGCUCAACAAUGUCAAGCAAACAAAGAUCUCAUAUCAGCCAUCAGCAUCAUCGAAAACCUCGCCGACAGUGCUUAUAAGCUACCCGAACCCAUGUGGACAAUAAUCUUUAACAAGAGCUCAUUGCAUUUGCAACUCAAAGAAGAACUUGUACAGAAUAAGGAAUAUGUGUUCCGAACAACAAACUAUGCUCCUGUUGUAAAGUGGUUUCGAGAACUUGCCACAAAUCUUACCAUACUGUUGACAAACGAGAUUCAACGAGAAAUGAAACAAGUCAAGAUCGAUGCUAGAACCAACAAGUUGGAUGUACUCAAUGGUUCGUUACAAUGGUGUGCAGAGUGGUCGAGUAAAAUGGAUGCUCAGGUACUAAGGUUUAGUUGGAUUUGUUGUGCUCAAAUUCAACUGCAGAAAGAAGAUGUUCAACGGAAAUUUACGACUAUUGUAAACAUACCACACCGGGAAUAUCAAGUAUCCAGUAACCAAUCACCAAGCCUCAACGCUAGACAAGCGAUCAGCGUCGUUGUGUAG